UGUUUAUUUCAACCUUCGAACCAGUCGCCGGUUCUCAGGAGUUUUUGGCUCGUCAUUGUCAUUUCUAGACUUGUUUGUCUCGUUAUCAAUUGCAAUGGCAGUUUUGCAAACAAUGGCUUCGACUCGAGAAGUUUUCGAGAAUAUUGCCAUCGAUCCGAUGGAAAGUGGAGACAUCAACGAUGAAGAAGCCAUCCGCACUAAAGAGUUGGAGAUCAUGGAAUUGGGAGAAAAAUACAAGAAGGAGAAAAAGGCUGCAGAAUUGGCUCAACUUAUCCGAGAUGUCAGACCUUUUCUUGCCAUGAUCAGCAAAGCGAAAGCUGCCAAACUUGUUCGUGGUCUUGUCGAUCUCUUCCUUGACAUGGAAGCCCAAACAGGAACUGAAGUCCAGCUCUGCAAAGAAUGCAUUAACUGGGCUGUUGAACAGAAGGGAACAUUCCUUCGUCAGAGUUUAGAAGCCAGGUUGAUUGCCCUCUACUUUGACACCAAACAGUAUAAUGAAGCAUUACUAUUAGGGGCAACUUUACUGAAAGAGUUGAAGAAACUGGAUGACAAGUAUCUCCUUGUUGAAGUUCAGCUAUUGGAAUCGAAAACCUACCAUGCCCUCUGCAAUUUGCCCAAAUCCCGUGCUGCAUUAACUUCUGCUAGGACCACAGCUAAUGCUAUCUAUUGCCCUCCAAAACUUCAAGCUGCACUAGACCUCCAAUCUGGAAUUCUACAUGCUGCCGAUGAACGUGAUUUCAAAACAGCCUACUCUUACUUUUACGAAGCUUUUGAGGGUUAUGACAGCAUUGAUUCCCCAAGGGCUGUUACGGGUCUUAAGUACAUGCUUCUGUCAAAAAUCAUUUUGAACACGCCAGAUGAUGUGCAGAAUAUUCUGAGUGGAAAAUUAGCCUUGCGUUAUGCCGGUCGGGAAGCCGAAGCCUUGAAAGCCAUUGCACAAUCAGCAAUUAAACGAUCGCUAGCCCAGUUUCAACAGGCCCUGGAAGAUUAUCGCGCCGAAUUGGUAGAAGACCCCAUCAUCAAGGCACAUUUGGAGUCGCUUUACGAUACCAUGUUGGAGCAGAAUUUAUGUCGAAUCAUCGAGCCUUAUUCUCGUGUCCAGGUAUCGCACGUCGCCCGAAUUAUUGCCCUGCCGGUCGAUCAAGUGGAAAAGAAGCUGUCGCAGAUGAUUUUGGAUCGCAAGCUGUCUGGCAUUCUCGAUCAGGGUGAUGGUGUUUUGAUCAUCUUCGAGCCUACCCGCACCGACUCCACUUACGAGGCGGCGUUAGACACAAUCCAGAACCUCGGCAAAGUGGUGGACACAUUGUACCAGAAAGCCAAGAAGCUGACAUAACUUGUAUACAUAAUCUGCGAGAAUCAUCAGAUAAAAGUGUUGGGGAGGUAAUUUUUAAAUAUUAUUUCCAUCACUUGUAUGUUCCAGUAAAACAUCAAACCUCGAAUUGGGACUUGGGAUUACCAAGAAAAAUAAAAAUAAUUCUUUUUCCUACAUUAA